AUGAGUGAUGUUUCUGGAGCUUCAAGUGGGUCGUCAAUGGUGCGUUCAAGGAAAAGGGUCAUGGGUGUCCCAAAACAGUGUUGGUGCGGAUAUGAAAUCUCGACUUUGAUGUCAAGAUCAGACAAUAAUCCGUAUCGUCGUUACCAUAGGUGUUCUUAUGCUGUUUCAAAAAAGCUUGAGAAUGAUAAUCAUUUCUUCAAGUGGGUGGAUGAGGCAUUGUUAGAAGAGAUUAAUGUUCUGAAGAACAAAAUGAGUAAUCUUGAAGAAUUGGUGAAAGAAUUUAUGAUGGAACGAGGAGAAAGUGAGAAGAAGGUAUUUGAGAAGAUGGAGAUGAAGCUAGAGACAGAGCUUUUCGACAAGAUGGAUGAAGUGUUAAUGGAAGCGAAAUGGAGCAUGAAAAAGAUGUGUGCUGGUGUUGUAAUAGCUUGUAUUGUUGGGUUUGUCAUCAUUAAGCUUGUGUGAUGGAUUUCAUUUCGAUAAAUGUUGUUUAAUGCUAUGAAGUAGUAUGUUGUUGUACUUGACUUUUUAUGUUGUUUAAUGAAAUUGUUGGUAUUUUCAUACAUGAGAAUGAUACUCAAUCAUGAUGACAACACAAACAAAUCCGAAAAAUUCUUGGUUAUAACCUACAUGAUCGAGUCAUGUCCAUACAUAAGGAAGAAAACACCAAAAUAAGUAGAAGGAUUCUUGUUCAUCAUACAUGAAGAUGACAACAACAAAAUAAGCCGAAAAAGAGAGAAGACACAACUCAAAAAAUACUUCUUCCACUUCAUGUCCUACUGUAGUUACCGAUAAAUAACAUCAGGGGAUUCACCUUGACUGGCAAAAGUUUGAGAUGGUUCAGCUUGUGGAACCUAUAAAAAUUAAAAAAAGUCUUAUGUAAGUUAUGAAAGGAGAACCAUAUAGAGGAUAGGAAAAAUGAAUCAUACCUUCUUAUGGGGUCCCUCCUUAUGAAAACGAAUAUUGUGGUUAGGCGCACCACAAAGUCCACAAUGCAUAAUGCGCUUCAACGCCUUCGGUUUCUUCUUCACAGGAGACUCAUUUUUGCCCUUUUUCCUUUUGUUGUCUUUCUUCUUUUUGCGACCAGGCUGGUGUGGCUCAGGAGCUGGAUGCACUUCAGGGGCUGAAGAAGUCGGCCAAAAUCGUGCUCCUCUCAAUGGUGUUAUGCCCUCUUCGUAUGUCCUCCUCCACACUGUCGUCCGAAACCAGUGACACACAAAAUCCUCAGCCUCUAGUUUUCUAUCCAAGAUGACACCGUAUCCAUGUUCACAAGGGAUCCCAGUGAUAUCCCACCUCAUACACGUGCAUGUUCGAUUCUCCAAAUUGACACGGUAAGAACAUGAGUCAACAUUCACCAACCACAUACCAUUUGUGCUUCUAUAAAUAGUACACUCUGAUGCUUUUUUGUGCUCCAAAGCAAGUAUAUCAACCACAUAAGGUGUGCAUAUGCUCUUGUGGUCUUGAGCAAUCAGAUAUCUAGAAGCGAUACGCACCAUUGCAAGACGUGCAAUGGUAUCCAACAUUGGUACCAUUGGCUUUUCACGGGCACAAACGAUGGAGGCGUUGAAAGAUUCGGUUGAGUUGUUCUCAACGUCCUCACAAUAGUUCCCCAACUUGAAGAAAGCUCUAACCCAAGUCAUUGGAUUAGUCUUCAUCACAUCUGCAUACACCUCUGAGUCGUAGUUGAAAAGCCUAUCUAGAUUCUCCUUGUACUCCGCCUCAUUGUAGCUCCAAGCAAGUUGCCAAAUAUAUGGCUUCAUGUCACUCUUCUUUCCAUGUUUAGCUUUCACGUUUCCAUAAAUGUGUCUAACACACAUUCUAUGCUCCAUCUUCGGAAGCUCCAACUGAACUGCCUUGAUCAGUCCCUGAAACCGACCACACACAAACAUAAAAAAAAUUAAUAUUUUUUAAAAAUAUAACAUGACAAUCAAAGCUUACCUUCUGACGAUCGGAGACCAUAAUAUAUCCAUCACCAUCUCCUAAACCCAAGUCUGUCUUGAUAUGCUUCACAAACCAUAUCCAAUUUGGAGUAUUUUCUACUUGAACAACUGCCCAAGCAAUGGGGUAGAUUGAAUUAUCCCCAUCUCGACCAAGAGCCACUAACAAUUGUCCUUUAGUUUUCCCUCUUAAGAAUGUGCCAUCCAUCCCAAUAAGAGGUCUACACAUAGCUUUCCAUGAUCUCCUAAGCACAUCGAAACACACAUAGAAACGGUCGAACACAUCUUUUCCUUCCUCAUUUCUCUUGGUCUCGACUUCCACCGAAGAGUUGAUAUUUGACUCGAGAAUCUCGGCAGCAUAGUCUCGGAUUCGAGCAAACUGAGUAUCAUACUCCUUCUCAAUCCACCCCAUUGCUUUAUUUCGGGCAGCUUGACAUUGUGCUCUAGAAACCGUGAUCUUCCACCUCUCCUUGAUCAGUUCUUCUAUCUUCAUUGGCAUGAAAUAUUUUGGUUCUUCUCUUAUCUUAUCAACAAAUAACCUAGCUAUCACCGGGACCUUAAGCAUCUCACAUUCUCCAUUUGGAACACAACUGUGUUCAUUCUUGUACACUUUAACAUACCAUCUCUCUGGUUCUCCUUUACUCGAGCAAUAAACACGCCACUGACAGUGUGAAUCUACAUUCCGACCAACACAACUAAAACCAAGUUUGGUUUUGUCGUACCUAUACUGCUUGAUAUUGUGACCAGUCUUCAGAGCGUAGUCCAAUACCGCCUCUUUGAAUGCAACUCCAUUGAAGAAUACUUGGCCCUCGAAGAGAUUCCCGUCACCUCUUCUGAUUCGAUAACGCUCUCUUGUCCUCUGUCGUUUCAUUUGUUGCUCUUCACCAUCUUUCUCCUCAUCUGUAUCACUAUCAGUCUCGGUAUCGGGAUAGAUGUUAUGCCGGAUGGGAGGUUCGUUGAUGAAUGCAGCUACAUCUUCUUCAACCCGGAAAGCAUGUCUCUCCAUCUCUUCUUCGUCGUCUGAUUCAUCCCUAAGUGAAGGAAUCGUGCUUUCACCAACUGUCUCCAUUGUUUCUACUUGUAAUCAACUGAAAUAGGCCGGUAAAUCUUUCUAGGGUUUGUUUGUCGAUGAAGAACACUGGGGAUUUGGGGGUUUAUGUAUUCGGGUUAAACCAAUAACAAUUGGGUUAUAAUCGGGUUUUAAUCGGAUCUUAAACGGAUCUUUUCGGUUAAAUCGCGGUUUUUGUUGGGCAACAAUAGAUUACGGUUAAAUGAUCAACAGUAAACCGGCGCUAAUUCAAACCUAUGUGUAUUGCAAUGUUUAAAUUCGACGGUAUGGGGGAAAAGAACUUGAUCUUUCGAAUUGGGGGGAUAUAGGAUUCGAACUUUAAUUUAGGGGGGAAAUAGAACGGGGUCAAAAGUCUGUGUGUAUCUAGUGAUAUAUGAUACUUCUCAGGGAGAAAUAGAUCGUCAACCCUGUAAUUUUCCUAGGAAUUUACGAUGAAAUUUAGUUAGGUGGCCGAAAAAAACGUGAUACAACCACAAUGUUGGUGGAUUCAAAAUUUCCUCGCUAAGUAGACGUAAAAUAUUUCUUCGUAAAGUACACGCUACAUUUACAUCGUGUUUACGAGGAAAGUGUAUUUCCUCGUAAAAGCCACAUGACAUUACAUUGACUUUACGUCGAAAUGAUUUAGUCGUUAUUUUACAUGGAAAUAACGCUGAUUUUAUAUUCCCUCGUAAGUUCCUCGUAAAGUCGACGUAACCUUACGAGGAUUAAUUUUCAUCGUUAAGUUUCUUCGCUAAACUUGUGUUUUCUUGUAGUGCAUGCAUAUUAUUGAUAUGUCACGUACGUUGAAGUUCAAUUUCAGAUAUUAAAAGAUGAUAUUUGGUGGUAUUUGGAUACAAAUUGCUAAAAUUCCCUUUCUCGCAGAAAAUAUGAAAAACACAUAAAGUAACGUAGAAAAGUAUCUUAGAAUACUUGACUAAUGGGACAAAAACAAUAAUCGUUGUUGGUGGCUUUAGGUUAAGAAGACAAACUAGGAGAUGAGAACUAAAAGCAAUAAGCAAAUAUGUUACAGAAAAAAACACUUAUAAAUGCUAAAAUAAAAUCAAAAGUGGAAAUGCUGGUGGAAGGUAAGGGGACGUGGUCACUGACUCACUGGCCAAGCCACCUUAAUGGAAGAGGGUCAUUUGAUGACCCAUACGCAUUUUUUUAUAAAAAAAGUGUUUAUAUUUAAAAAAAAUUGAUAAAAUAUAACAAACUUAUACUAGUUUACUAUAGUCGGCCCGUCCUACGGACGGGAUAUACUUGUGAUCUAAAUUAUUAUUUUUUGUAUGAUUUUUUUGUUUGUGUUUUACAUUUGCAUUUGCAAGCGAUAUGUAUGAUAAUGAUUUUUGUCUUUUGAAAAGUUUUAGGCGAGGAAGAAUUAUAUAUGAUAAGAUAUAUUUUGCUUGGUUACAAUAGUUGUUUCUAUAUUAAAAAGUUGUAGCAUUGAUAUGUUGUGAGGGUUUCAAAUGGUCUUCAUGUUAUUUAUUUUUACAAAAAAAUUAAUCUCAUAUUUGGUGUGUUAUUUGUGGUUUGACAUAUUUUGGUUCAUGGAGGAUUGAGUUGUGGGUAAUUUUUCGAGUAUUUUAUAAGAGUAACUACUUUUUAUGUUGAAAUCAUAGUCUUUCGACAUAUUAUUAGAGUAAAAGUGGUGAUUAUUUGAAGUUGCAUCUAUACUAUUAAAGCAUAAUCCUUCUUAGGAUUAUGCCCCUGACUUGUUUAAUUAAUUACAAAAAAUUUCAUUACCUUUUUCAACUAUUUUUAAUGGUUUUCGGAAAUUAAAAGCCCAACAAAUUAGAAAGUAGCAAGUUUCUAUCCAACUAAACAAAACAGUCCAAUAAUUUAAACAAUUUAUCCAUCGUUUUUAAGCCUAUUUCAUGUAUGUUUAUUAACCCAUCCAUAUUCGUUUGUGUUCUAACCUUAUACCCUAAAACUCUAUUCAUACCCUAACUCUAUUCAAACCCUAUUAACACCAUCAAAAACACAUUGUCCAAAAAACUAUACCAAAUAAAUUGGAGUUUAUUAUAAUGUCUAUGUCUUAUUUAAAAUUUUCUUAUAUGAAGUUGCCGAAAUAUAUUAAAUAUUAUAUUUCAAUAAUAUUAAUUAUACUAUUAUAGUAUAGAGUUAGCAUAUUUCUAAAUCAUUAGUUUUCAAUGUUAUUGACAUUUUAAACAGCCAUUAAUAUUUAAAUAUUUAUAUUUACCAAAUUUGGUAUAUAAAUAUAAAUAUGAAAAUAAAACGUAAUAAAUAGAAACUCAUAGAUUUUCGGAUUCAAAUCAAA